AUGAUAACGACUCUAUCCAAUAUACCCUGGGCUUCCGAGGUGGAAACAGCCACAGCCCAAGCCCACAGUCCCCUUUGCUUACACGCAAAGGAUUCAUCGAUUUGUGGGGAAUGGGCAUACUGGACGAUCCAGCUUCGUUGCCCAACGAUAUGGAAACAGCGUGGUGAUGUGCCCGAGUGGGUGUUCCCCAAGGCACCUGUCAGCUACGAAAUUUACUCCAAGACCCAUCUGAACGCAAAAAAGAGCAGCUUGGGGGAGUUGGUAGGAACAAUACAGCAGCCGGCUCCUGUAGAUCGGAUAGAACCUGUACUGGCUGGCUAUAAUUGGACUCAACAGAUGGUGCCCUCUCGGCUGCAAACAAGGUCGCAGCCACCCAAAACGGCGCCACUGGAAUCAAUCCAUUAUGAGCCCAGUGGUAAUAGCGAUGAGGACUCCGAGGCAGUCAAGAAAGUAAAUGCGGAGUUAGAAGAAUUAGAAAAGUCCUACGAUAGGCAAUCGGCAGAUGAGAAGAGAGCGAACGAACUUGAGUAUCAGAUGAAUUUGGACACGCUGCGUAGCAUGGAAAGAAGCCGAGAAUUCAUAGGGACCAUUAGACAUGACAGGGACUAUAUUAUCAAACGCCACUACAAUAACUGA